GAGAUGGUGACGUUGAUGAUGGUUGAAGGUGGGAGUGCAGAGGAGAAAAUGGAGACAGGAAAAGCUUUUCUUGAAUGCAAAGCUCUCACUUUCUCUUUGCAAAUGGGCCCAUCAUCAAUCACAGUCCUAAAACCCAACUGUCACGUAUUCUUCUUCUGCCACUCUUUCUCUCUCUUUGCCAGCAUAAACUUUGUAAAGCCUUCAACUUUCACUUUCACUUUCACUCUUCUCUCUCCCUUCUCCGCUUUUCUUGAGAGUCUUUAAUGCCUGCCCAUACGAGGAGAAUUUCGCCUAAAAAAUAAUGGGUCGGUGCCUAGAUAAGCAUUUUAGUCUUCCUUUCCUUCUCCCUUUUUCUGCUAGCCCACUUAUACCCAACCCUGAAAAUAACAAAACUCCUGUUUUUCCUUGUCAUUUAUUACAAAACUCCACCAAAAUUCAUCUUAUUUUUUAUUUUUUAUUUUGUUUCCUCUGGUAGAUUUUUUUAUUUAUUUAUUUUUGGGGUGGGGGGUUUAUCCCUGAAUUGGGGACAAUUUGGUCCCUGUUUAGGCAUCUCUCCUGUUGCUGUGACUCUUUUUUCUCCCCUCCCCUCCCCUCCCCAUUGUAAUUAUGAGAUUUUUCUCCCUUUUUGCUUGAGUAAUUUUUCUUAGAAUUUGCUGAAUAUUGAUUUGGGUGUUGAAGAAAAAGCAGGCUCCCUGCUGCUGACUGCUAAUUGGAGAAAAAAUUAAGGCGGUAGGAGUUCCAGAUAUUAACAUCGAAAACAAGCUUUCAGUUGAUAAACCCAGAAGGCGAAUAUACCUGUUUCUGCAACGGCCAAUUAGUCCCUGCUCUGAAGAUUGGUCUUGUGGUAUAACUGAAGGCGAGCUUUUACACAAAGUUUCUGGUUAUUGAUUAGCUUUGCUGAUCGGUGAAUUUAUCAACUUUGUGUAACAGUUCUUAAAGGUGAAGAUCUAAAUAUCUAAAGCUUGAGCCAGUGGGAAACUAUCAGGCGCUGCUUAAGGCUUGUGGAGGACAAAAGAAGUUUUUCAAUGCCUUGCUAUCCAAAGAAACGCGUCUGAGGAAACUUCGCUCGUUGAAUUGGAAUCUUUGUCCACUUUCCUUCGGUCUACUAUACUCGGCUGCAUUGUUGUCCUUGGCCUCAUCGAGUUUGAGAUUUCAAGUGAUCACACUAGCAGAAAAUUUGAAUGCACAAAGCAUAUUAAAGAAUCAAACAUUCGUCAUGGCAAAGAAAUCUCAGAGACGCCCUGUGCGACAUGAAAGGCACCAAUCGGGCUGCAUGUGGGGUUUAAUUAGUAUGUUUGACUUCCGUCAUGGUCGAUCAACUCAGAGGCUGCUUUCAGAUAGAAAACGUGGGCCCAAGCAUGUCGUUGCUUCUGGGAAUGCGACGAAUAUGCCUUUCUUGAUGACCAAUCAUGAUGAAAAUUAUCAAGACAUCAUUGGUGGUGAGGAGAGUGCAGUAGCAGCAGCUGAUGCUGGUAAGGCUAGCGUGAAGAAACUCAUGGAAGAAGAGAUGUUCUGUGAGAUAGACUUGAAGGAGGAGAUAAACAAUACUGAAAUCGAAGCAAAGCAGUCUAAUUCAGAAUAUGGAGGCAACAAAAGGAAAAACCGCAAAAGAACAAAUAGAAGUCGCUCAAGAAGUUGUGAGAUACACAUAGAAGAUUUGGAUGCUGCUGAGAACUUGGAAUCUGAAAAGCCUUGCCACCGGAAUUCAGAAAAGCAAUCUACUAAUACUCUUGAUAUGGGCGAUUUGAUGGAAGAGUUUUGCCAGCAGAUGCAUCACAUUGUUUGCUUAAAGCAUGACCAGCAUGUUGAAGUUUCCAGCCAACCAAACUGGAAGAAUCCUGACUUUGAAGAAAAAUUGAGCGAGGCAAUCAAAAUUUUUAUAAAUCAGAGGCUUAUCAAUGGGAAACAUGUUACAGGUGAUGAGGAAAUUCACCCUUCCAAAGAGCUCAAGGAUGCACUCAGGAUCCUAAGUUCUGAUGAGGAAUUAUCCCAGAAAUUCUUACAAGAUCCAAAGUCUGUAAUGGUGAAAUACGUUGAGAACUUGUGGAAUGUUCAAACAGGGAAGGAUGAUGUCUCCAAGCCACCUGGAGGAUCAAACUUGUCAGAACAGGAGAUUAAUGGCUUGAAACAGUCUGAUGAGGUUAUGCAUGGUAAACAGCGCAAGUUUUUCAGGAGGAAGGCCAAAUCUCUAGACAAGAACCCAUCAAAGGAAAUUGAACCUUCCCAAGCUUCAAAUAGAAUUGUCAUUUUAAAGCCUGGACCCAUAAGCACGCAAAAACCUGAAACUGAAGGAAUUCUUGGGUCAUCAUCAGUAUCUCAAAUUGCCACAAGAAACAAGGGACCGAAUGAAAGAGUUGGUGCCUACUUUUUCUUCACUGAAAUUAAAAGAAGGUUAAAACAAGCCAUGGGGAAAGAACAACAAGAGAUCCCUCCUGAUGGCGUUUCAAAGAAAUUACCUAACAAGGUUCGAGCUAGGGGAGAUAGUGAUAAAAGAUAUAAAGAGAAUGUUGGAAGAAAUUCUCCAAGUAAGGACCACUUCUUUAUUGAAAAAAUUGCUAGACCUCCAACUGGUGUCAAAAAGAGAGAGAAGAAUGACAAGUUGAAAGAAUUUGAACCAGGUUUGAAGCAUGAAACUGCUACUUAUCCCAAGCAAAGAUCAUCUAACAUUUAUAUGGAGGCCAAGAAGCAUCUCUCUGAGAUGCUUACCCCUGGGACUGGGGAUGCAGAAUUUUCAAGAAGGCAGGUUCCAAGAACCCUUGGAAGGAUUCUCUCUCUUCCUGAGUACAAUUUCUCUCCCAUUGGCAGUCCUGGAAGGGAUUGGGGGCAAAAUGCUGUUACUGCACAGAAGAGAUUUUCUGGCAAUGAAAAAAUUCAGAAACAAGAAAACAAUGUUGACCAUCUUGGUCAAAUGACACUAAACUCAGAGACUGAGUUGUGUGCUUCUAAUGACAGCUUUGACAAUAAAUCAAGAGCUUCUUCAAACCAAAAUUCAAGCAUUCCAAAUGAACCUGCCCGGGAUAAUGAAGGAGAGAAAAUCUUGUUUUCUGUUGAAGGGGGGAUGACUUCAGAAGGUGAUGUGGAUAUUGUAGAAGUAGCUGAAAUUGUAGCCCAAGAAAGCAGCAAUAUCUUGGAUACUCUUUCUGAGCCAAGCGACUCUUCCAGUACAAGAGAUGACCAAAAUGGUGACAUGUCUGAAGUUUGUGAGGAAAAAAGACAAUCUGAAUGCUUGAAACAUGAUAUGCAUGAAGAGAACCAACCUCCAUCUUCUGCAUUAACAUCCCCAUCCACCUCUACUAUCAGCAAGAAGAAUGACAGUCUAGAAGGUAUUGUAGAGGUAUUAGAGCGGCCAAGUCCUGUAUCUGUACUAGAGCCACUUUUCAUAGAGGAAGAAAUCAGCCCAGCGCGCACCAGAUUCCAACCUGCUGAACUGCCAAUUCGACCCCAGAGAAUUCAGUUUGAAGAGCAUGUCCCUUCAGCUGCAGAUAUAGGUACUCAUUUGAAAGCUUAUAUGGCAGAGAAGGAAUCAAUAUUUGAGUAUGUGAAAGCAGUGAUGCUGGCCUCUGGAGAGAAUUGGGAUGAGUUCUAUAUCAUGUCCAAUUCUUCUGACCCUCUUCUUGACCCAUCAAUAUUUGAUGAAGUAGAGUUCUUUCCCAACCAACUUUCUUGUGACAAGAAACUUCUCUUUGAUUGUAUUGAUGAAGUUCUCAUGGAGGUAUAUGGGCGCUAUUUUGGUUGCCCCCUUGGGUUAUCAUUUGUUAAACCUGCCAUCCGACCUGCACCGGACAUGAAAAAUGCUAUCCGUGAGGUGUGGGAAGGAGUGUAUUGGUAUCUCCUUCCACUGCCACUGCCACAUACAUUAGAGCAGAUAGUCAAGAAAGACAUGGCUAAAACAGGGACAUGGAUGGACCUUCGAUAUGACAGUGAAACUAUCAUUAUUGAGAUCAGUGAAGCCAUUUUUAAAGAUCUGAUGGAAGAAACUAUGUUAAGCUGUGUAAAUGAAAGUUCAGAAAGUGGAAAUCCUUCAAUUGCGGCUGAGUCGAAGGAUCAGAGUAGCAUUGAUGUGUAAAUGACAAUUUACUUGCGUUUGUUCAUAACAAUAAUUAAGCUCUGUUGUUUCUGGGUGGAAGGAAAGUAAGCAAGUCAUUGCAUGCGGAGCGGGAAAAGCAGUUGCAUUUCAGCAGGCUUCAUUUGGCCCUUUUACUUUCUUUCUAACUUUGCCAUUGAGAUCAUGUAUAUAUCAAACAGUUCUGACAUUGUAAAGCCACAAUAGCUUGGGAGCUCUACUAGGCAUAAGUCCUCAAAUGAAGUAGUCAAGCUUCAUGGGCAGGAAUCACGAACCCAAUCAGCAAGUACUUCUUGCUAUCAAACAAAGACUGCUUGAUUUCCAUGGCAAUCUUUUUCAACCAUGACCAGAUAGGCUUUUUACACUCAGUUCAGAAUAGAACUGCGAUCAUUAUCGACUUGUAGAUUAUAGUGUGCUGAGUCAAGGCAGCUUAUGUUGCUAUUUUCUUGUUUCUUUUUGCCCUGAUUUCAUUCAUUCUUCUGUCAAGUUUUUGUUUCUUUUAUCCCUCUUCUUUCUUUAUGAAGCUGGGGUUGCUAUGAGUUUGUGACGAUUCGGGGGUGAUUUUGCAAGUGUGUAGUAUGCAAUUAACAAGCUGUUAUUGCUGUAUUCUGAUUUAUGAAUAAUUAAUACAGGCAAUAUAUGUAAAAUACAUGUGAAGUGCUUGCUUAGUUGCACUCUCUCUGCCUUUAACUA